AUGACAACAAAAGAUUUGCUAUACAAGAAAUUUGUCCUUUUCGGUGACUCCAUCACCCAGAGAACCUUUGACCAGUAUAUUCUAGGCGGGGACCCCUCCCGAUUGGAUUACUCGCUGGGUGCCCAACUAACAUCAAUUUACAAUAGGAAGCUUCAAGUGUUGAACCGAGGAUUUUCAGGCUAUAACACCGAACAUGCCCGCCAUAUUCUUCCUGAACUUUUAAGGAUAGAGCACGAUGAAAGUAACAGUAAGGUUGAACUGAUGUGGAUCUUCUUUGGUUCCAACGACGCUGUUGAAAAGGGUUUACAAAAGGUUGAGUUGGAAAGAUAUGAGCAGAACUUAAAUUUCCUAACUCAAUUGGCGUUGGAUCGUGGAAUCAAAGUUAUUCUUAUUACUCCAGGAGUAGUGGACGAUUCUGUGCUUUCUCAGAGAGAUCCUGAAUGGAAAGAUGGUCAUUUUCGAACUACAACAAGGAACAAGAUGUACGCUGCAGCCGUGAAAAGGGUCGGCAAGCACUUUAAUGUUCCCGUUCUGGAUUUGCUUUCCGCAUUAGAAACACACGGAAACUUUGAACAAUUGCUGGUAGAUGGUUUACAUUUCCUUGGAAAGGCUUACCAAAUUCUAUUCAGAGAGCUACUGAAUCUCAUUGAGACCGAGUACCCAGAACUUCAUCCAGACAAAUUACCGAUGAAACUUCCUUAUUGGAGAGACAUCGAUUCAUCUGACAUCGAAGGAAGUUUGAACGGCUGA